AUGGUGAGCAGGGAUUCAGAUAGUGCAACCACUGUCUUGGGUGAGGAUUCCUCCCCCACUCCGGACCAAAAUGUUAGCCGCGCCGACGGGUGGACUUUGAUGCCUCAAGUCAAGGAGCAGCAUGAACGCGAAGUGCAGUCCGGUUUCAAGCGUCGAGAAUUGGGUGUCACAUGGAAGGACCUCAGUGUUGAAGUUGUCAGCGCAGAGGCCGCUGUCCAAGAAAACUUCCUCUCUCAGUUCAACGUCCCGAAGUUGAUCGGGGAAUCCCGCAACAAACCUCCUCUCCGAACUAUUCUCGACAACAGUCAUGGCUGCGUGAAACCAGGCGAGAUGCUUCUGGUCCUGGGUCGCCCAGGCUCAGGUUGCACCACUCUGCUGAAAAUGCUCGCCAACCAACGACUUGGCUACAAGUCUAUCGAAGGAGACGUUCGGUACGGGUCUAUGACAGCAAAGGAAGCUACUCAGUACCGUGGCCAGAUUGUCAUGAAUACCGAGGAGGAGCUGUUCUUUCCGAGUUUGACCGUGGGUGAGACCAUGGACUUUGCAACGCGACUGAAGGUCCCGUACCGGCUACCGAACGGGGUUGAGUCGCCGGAGACCCAGCGUGAGGAAACCCGCAAGUUCUUACUCGAGUCGAUGGGCAUCUCUCACACUGUUGAUACAAAGGUCGGUAAUGAAUUCAUUCGGGGUGUUUCCGGUGGUGAGCGCAAACGCGUUUCAAUUAUCGAGUGCCUGGCUACUCGCGCAUCUGUAUUCUGCUGGGAUAACAGUACUCGAGGUCUCGACGCCAGCACCGCCCUGGAGUGGACUAGGGCUGUCCGUGCGAUGACCGAUGUCUUGGGCUUGUCCACCAUCGUUACGCUAUAUCAAGCUGGCAACGGUAUUUAUGAUCUUUUCGACAAGGUGUUGGUUUUGGACGAGGGAAAGCAGAUUUACUACGGACCAAUGACCCACGCUAAGCCCUAUAUGGAGGCUCUCGGAUUCAUCUGCCGCGAUGGUUCCAAUGUCGCUGACUUCUUGACCGGUGUCACCGUGCCAACUGAACGUAAAAUCCGCUCCGGGUUCGAGGCGCGUUUUCCCCGGAAUGCCAAUGCCAUGCUCGAGGAGUACGACAAGUCUGUGGUGAAAGCAGACAUGAUCAGCGAAUAUGACUACCCUGACAGCGAAUUCGCCAAGCAAAAGACUGAAGAUUUCAAGGAGGCUGUUUCUGAGGAAAAAGCGAAGCAACUGCCCCGGAGCAGCCCGUUCACAGUUGACUUUAUUAACCAAGUCAAGAUUUGUAUCAUGCGACAGUACCAAAUCCUGUGGGGUGACAAAGCCACGUUUAUCAUCAAACAGGUGUCGACUCUCAUUCAGGCCCUGAUUGCGGGUUCUCUUUUCUACGACGCUCCCAACAAUUCCGGGGGUCUCUUCGUCAAAUCUGGUGCCCUGUUCUUCUCUCUGCUCUACAAUUCGCUCCUGGCUAUGUCUGAAGUCACGGACUCCUUCCAAGGACGACCGGUACUGAUAAAACACAAAUCCUUCGCAUUUUUCCACCCUGCAGCUUUUUGUCUUGCGCAGAUCGCCGCGGAUAUACCUGUUUUGAUAUUCCAAGUCACUAUUUUUGCGCUCCCCGUUUAUUUCAUGGUCGGUCUUGAAAUGGACGCGGGGACAUUCUUUACCUACUGGGUGUUGGUGUUCGCAACUACAAUGGCGAUGACUGCGGUUUUCCGAGCUUGUGGAGCCGCCUUCAAGACAUUCGAUGAUGCGUCCAAGGUCUCGGGUUUCCUUAUUUCGGCUCUCAUUAUGUACACUGGUUAUAUGAUUCGGAAGCCGGAAAUGCACCCUUGGUUUGUUUGGAUUUACUGGAUUGAUCCCCUCGCCUAUGGCUUUGAUGCCUUGCUUUCCAACGAGUUUACGGGCAAGAUUAUUCCAUGUGUGGGCACCAACCUUGUCCCCAGCGGACCGGGCUACGAAAACGCUACCACUCAGUCCUGCACUGGUGUUGGAGGUGCUAUCCCUGGCAUGAAUUAUGUUACUGGUGACAACUACCUAGCAUCGCUUUCGUACAGCCGCUCCCACAUUUGGCGUAACUUUGGAAUCCUCUGGGCCUGGUGGGCUCUCUUCGUCUUUGUUACCAUUGUCGCUACAACUCGCUGGAAGGGUGCCUCCGAGAACGGCCCGUCCCUUUUGAUCCCCCGUGAAAGUGUGGAGCGAAACCGCCAGAACGUUCGCCAGGACGAAGAAUCCCAGCCAAACGAGAAAUCCUCUAAGAAGACCCAGGAGGGCGGUGUACAGGAUUCGAGUGAAAUUGACAACCAGCUUGUCCGUAACACGUCUGUGUUUACCUGGAAGGAUCUGAGCUAUACCGUCAAGACCCCCUCUGGGGAUCGUCAGUUACUCAACGAAGUGUACGGAUGGGUGAAGCCAGGCAUGUUGGGCGCUCUCAUGGGCUCAUCUGGUGCUGGAAAGACAACCUUGCUCGAUGUCCUUGCUCAACGGAAGACUGCUGGUACAAUCCACGGAUCGGUUUUAGUCGAUGGACGCCCACUUCCUAUCUCCUUCCAGCGCUCGGCAGGUUACUGUGAACAACUCGAUGUCCACGAACCUUAUGCCACUGUCCGUGAGGCUUUGGAAUUCUCUGCGCUUCUACGACAGCCACGUACAACACCACGAGAGGAAAAGAUGAAAUAUGUUGAUGUUAUUAUUGAUCUUUUGGAACUGCACGACAUUGCUGACACCCUCAUUGGUCGCGUCGGCGCUGGACUGAGCGUUGAACAGCGCAAGAGAGUCACCAUCGGUGUCGAACUAGUGUCUAAGCCCAGCAUUCUGAUCUUCCUUGACGAGCCUACAUCCGGUCUUGACGGCCAAUCUGCCUACAACACUGUUCGCUUCCUCCGAAAAUUGGCUGAUGUCGGCCAGGCUGUGCUCGUGACAAUUCACCAGCCUUCUGCUCAGCUUUUCGCUGAAUUCGACAGCUUGUUACUACUUGCCAAGGGUGGAAAGAUGGUUUACUUUGGUGACAUCGGUGAUAAUGGCUCAACUGUGAAGGACUACUUCGCUCGUCAUGGCGCUCCUUGCCCUCCCAAUGCCAACCCUGCUGAACACAUGAUCGACGUCGUCUCUGGGACUCUCUCGCAGGGCCGCGAUUGGCAUGAGAUCUGGAAGGCUUCUCCCGAGCACACAAACGCAAAACAGGAACUUGAUCAGAUUGUUAAUGAGGCCGCUUCUAAACCACCGGGAACUGUCGACGACGGACAUGAAUUCGCUAUGCCUCUCUGGCAGCAGACCGUGAUUGUUACAAAGCGUACUUGCCUCGCUGUUUACCGGAACACUGACUAUGUCAACAACAAGCUCGCGCUGCACAUUGGUUCUGCUCUCUUCAACGGUUUCUCGUUCUGGAAGAUGGGUGAAUCUGUGACUGAAUUACAACUGAAGCUGUUCUCUCUAUUCAACUUCAUCUUCGUUGCUCCAGGCGCUAUCGCUCAACUCCAGCCUAUGUUCAUUGAACGCCGCGACAUCUACGACGCCCGUGAAAAGAAAUCUAGAAUGUACUCUUGGAUUGCCUUCGUAACAGGUCUCAUCAUUUCCGAACUUCCCUACCUUGUCCUCUGCGCAGUCCUCUACUUCGUCUGCUUCUACUACCAAACCGGCCUCCCUACAAGCUCUGACAAAGCGGGCGCCGUCUUCUUCGUCAUGCUUCUCUACGAGGGUCUCUACACCGGAAUCGGCCAGUUCAUCUCCGCCUACGCCCCCAACGCCGUCUUCGCAACCCUUACAAACCCCCUCGUCAUCGGAACCCUCGUCUCCUUCUGCGGUGUCCUGGUUCCCUACGAACAAAUCCAAGCCUUCUGGCGCUACUGGAUCUACUACCUUAACCCCUUUAACUACCUCAUGGGCAGUCUCCUUACAUUCACUGUCUUCGACACGGACAUCAAAUGCCGCGAAGCAGAGUUCGCUACCUUCGACCCGCCCAACGGCUCGACUUGUCGCGAGUACCUCUCGGGUUUCUUGCAGGGCAUGGGUGCCCGCGCCAACCUGGUCAACCCAGAUGCUACCGCCCAGUGCCAGGUCUGCCAAUACACACGUGGAAGCGACUACCUGUAUAGUUUGAACUUGAAGGACUACUACUACGGGUGGCGGGACACGGCGCUCGUCGCACUCUUCGUCAUCAGCAGUUAUGCGUUGGUGUAUGGGCUCAUGAAGUUGAGGACAAAGGCUUCGAAGAAGGCGGAGGAGUAA